CAAGAAGCUGUUGUAUUGAUUGAGAGAAUUUUACAUCUCAACCAGAAUUGUGCAUCUCGUUUAUUUUAAGUAGGUAAUGAUUAUACAUAAAAAAUGCAGACAUUUCAAUGAUACAGAAAGUUAACUACUGAAUUGAUGCAAAAAAUAAACAAAUGAUAUAAAUAUGCCUAAGAAAGUUAGUGAAUAGGUCAAAUAAAAAUAAGCAUUUCUCACACAAAUGUUCUCCUUUUAUUUUAUACUCUGUUUUCAAAGACAAUAAAAAAGACGGUCAAAAAAUUUUUAUCUUGAAAAAGUGGAGGGGUUUCAGCCCCUCAGACCCCCCUAGUGGCACCGUGGCUGAACGACCGGGGGCAAGGAACAGGCUUCUUACCUUCUUACCUUCUAAAAAAUGCAUACCUUCUUGUAACUUUUUUUUAUAGUAAGAAUUGGCUACUGUAUCUGCUUACCUUUAGUCAUUGUUCAAAUCUCAUUUUAUUAAGCAACAUUCUCAUAGCGUGUAUAUCAAAGAUUAAUUUACUUAUUUUCAUAAAGGUUAUCAAAGGUUAUAAAAAGAAUGUACAUGAGUGUUGCCGAGGACACUGAGAUAAACCUGAAAGGUUAUCGAGCCCAGUUCCCUAUUACCCUAUCUCUCUGCUUAUUAUUACAUACGCUUGUGACAUAAUUAUUAAUAUUAUACAAUUUGACUUUCCAAAAAUUAUUACAAGCAACAGUAAAAAAGGUACAAGAAAGAAUAGGAAAUUUACAUAAAAGUGGAAAAAGUGGGGGACACGGCAGCUUGUAAUUGAAGAUUCAUGAGGAGAGAUGAAAUAGAGAUCUUCAGAACUAAUUUUAAUGGCAUGAAACAAAGUGCUCGGUUAUAUUCAUACUAAUGUUGGUAGAGUAACCAUUACCCGACCUUUAGAGCCUACUUACACCUAAAAAAUUUAAAAACAAACUAAGAACAAUCCAGCCUCAAAUUUUCUAAAAAAAAAUUAAGAACAGCAAUGAAAGAGUGUAGACCGGUACAUCCUUUGAUGAUCAAUCGAAAACAAAUCACACGAUCAGAGAAAACAUCUGCCUUUUACAAUAUCAGAAUAAUUUUAAGACCCUUGCCUCAGGAAGAAACAACAUAAGCCAACUGACAAAAAUAAAGGGUCAAUUAUUGUAACGCUGAUCUACAUGUACAUUUUAAAUAUCAAUUGAGAAAUUCCAUCGAUUCUGCCAGGAAGUAGGUGGCUAUUGUUCCCAAUCCCCAGAAGGUUUCUUCAAGGGCGUGUUCAAAGAGAGGGAUUCCGCCCUUCUCCACCAUGGAUGCGGUCAAAAUCGAAGAAGACCAAGAAUCACCUCCAGCAAAAAAGCCCAAGCAAACCCAAGAUCAAGCCUGUCAAGUUGAUGGAAUACCAGAUUUUGAAACCCAGACGACGUUAUGCGAUGCCUGCACAUCAACUUCGAGCCCAAGUGACUUUGAAAAAGAAACAAAGUUUGUUGUCCCAAUAAAGACUGAGCCUGUAAGUGAUGAAAUCCCUCACAGAAGUUCAAUUAUAUAUCCACGGCCUGACAUUGAUUCCAAUGGGGAGGAGAAGUGCAUUCACUGCCAAGAAGCCGCCGCUGCGAGAGCUGCAUCUGCAGGCAGUGCUUCGCCUAUUCAAGCUGCAAUAUAUUACCAAUCGGCAAAUGCCAUUCACCAGGAUGAUUCGCUGCCGUCGAUGAUCACGUGUGUGCCUAGUGGUGGCACUGGUUCACCCAGAAGUCAGUAUACUUUCGUAGAGUAUACAAGAGAAUCUGUUGUCGUCCCCAGGCCGACUAUGACAUCGGUUUCAGGUGUCGAAGGAAGAGGUCUUAACAAAAGUCCCCCGAUCCCAGAACAAUACCGUGCGAUUGCACCAGCACCUACUCAGGAAAGGAUCCGUACCACUACGACGAUAAUCCCGCCAAACUCUACAUUUUUGCUGCAACCAGUACUUCCCAACCAGGAGCCAGAUUCUCCUGGAAGUUCUAAAAACAAGAGACGGACUCAUCGCUGCUCCUUCACAGGGUGCGAUAAGAUAUACACGAAGAGCUCUCAUCUCAAAGCGCACAUGCGCACUCAUACAGGAGAGAAACCAUACGAAUGCACAUGGGAGGGUUGUGCGUGGAGAUUCGCGCGAUCAGAUGAACUUACGCGUCAUUAUCGUAAGCACACGGGUGCAAAGCCAUUCAAGUGCCCGCACUGUGAACGCUCCUUCUCAAGGUCUGAUCACCUGUCGCUGCACAUGAAGCGACAUUAGAUUUGGUUUUAUACUUUCUGGCUUUCCCUAAGUAGAAGCUGUUUUACCAAUUCACGUAAGCCUUUCCUAACGUCAUAUCACCUACUGUUCAUGUACCUCCUAAAAGGAAACAAAAGCCCUUCUAAAGGAGAGACAGUACGGUCAAGAGUCUGUUAUUCGGUCAUCGUGCCUAGUCUUUAAAGUGAAUCUUUUUUUCCGCGUGGUAAAAUCUAAAAACAAACUCCUGUCCUAUAAAUUUCUUUAUGUCACCGAUGAUAUCUCCUGUGUUGCUUGGAAAUAAGUAUUUUCUACAUGAAAAUCAAGUUGUCUCGAUUACACAAAUUGUUCCCAUUCUCUUUAACGGCAAGAGAAUUUACGCGCCAAUAUUUUUUUUGAUUAGUUGUUUGUACAUACAUGAUAUUUUACCUUCAAAUAAUGAAAACAGCAAUGUGAUAACGUAAAGAUUUAGCUUAUGCAAAGGAAAUUCCGAUGAAUUGUCCGUAGAAUUUGCUCUAAGCACAACGUGUGUUUAUGUAUAUAGCUCCGGGCUGAAUAUUUGGCGGUUUUUUACUCAGUAUAUCUGUCUUAUUCUCAUGUUUUCUAGCGUUCUGUAUUGCUUCUAACUCUUAUAUAUCGAUGAGCUAAUUUUUGUACUCCUUCUAAAUAAGCAUGGGCCUUCAGAACGUUAGUGUAGGAUAUCGCUUCUCAGUAUCUAUUCAUGUUGAGUGAAAUAUGCCAAUUGCUGGCGUAUCACGUGUUUAACAUUAGGAGGAACAUUUAUUCCAUUUCUGAAAUCAAGAUAGAUAUCGAGAGGCUAUUAAAUGUGUGUAUUUUUUUUUGCUUUUUUACAAAUUAUUAACAGGAUUGUAAAUAUUGCUUUUAUUGAUUUUUCUUUAAUUUACAAAAAUUAUGGUAUAACAUCAGAGAUGAUAUGUGUAGUUGCCAAUAACCGUUGAUUUCCAACUAUAUGCCAUAUUAAUACAAAUGCUUGGAUGGAA